AAAAAAAAAAAAAAUUUCAAGAAAGAGUAGAAGCAAUACUUUAGCUUCUUUUUUUUGUUCUUCUUUAAACAAAUUAAAAUGAGCUUUAAGACAGUGCAAAUUGAACUUUUAGAUGGAUCAGAAUAUUCUAUAACAAUACUUAAAUCUACAAAAGCAAAUAAAAUUCUCGAAAGUAUAUUUGAAAAACUGAAUUUGAUCGAAAAAGAUUAUUUUGGUAUUUAUUUAUAUGACAUGAACACAGACAAAAAAUUAUGGUUAAAAAACAAUAGCCGUGUUUGGUCACAAAUCGUAAAACUGACAGAUCCACCAUAUCAUCUAUAUUUCGGGGUCAGGUACUAUCCAUGCGACUUUGCAUUACUAGAAGAAGAUAUUACUAUAUACAUGAUUUAUUUGCAGUUACGAAGAGAGAUUCUGAAUGGAAGAGUAAUCUGUUCCGAAGAUGAACGAUCAACGAUGUUAGCUUAUAUACUUCAAGCUGAAGGAGGUGAUUUUAAUGGAGAAACAAAAUAUUUCAACUUUUUUGAGAACAUUUUGGGAAAUUCUACUUAUAUGCAGCAGAAUGUUAUAAAGAUUUAUAAAGGAUUAAAGGGUAUUAAUGCACCAACAAGUGAAAUGAAGUUUCUUGAUAUAGCACUUCAGAAAACGUAUUAUAAUCAAGAAAUAUAUCCUGUGCAAUAUGAUGCUCAACCAACUCUUCGUGAUCUAUUACUUUCGCUAGGUCCGUUGGGAAUUGGCGUUUAUCAAAACGAUGUAAAGGUAGAAAUAUUCCGCUGGAUAGAAAUUUGGAAUAUUGGUUGGAUUAACAAAACCUUGUGGUUUCGGAUAAUAAGAGACAACCAGAAAAGCAAACACAAGUAUCAUUUUAAUGAUUCGAAGUCAUGUGAAAAAGUUUGGAAAGCUUUUAGAGAUUAUUCUCAAUUCCAUACUGUAGAAAGAAAAAUAGACUCGAACAUUCUUUUUGGCCGAAUACCACCGAAAGUAUAUCGAAUUCAUCUUCUUAACGAACAGAGCACUCCUUCGCAAAGAAAUAUGAGUAUAAAACCGAAAAUUUCUCAAGAAAAUAUAAGUGGUUUGAUCCAUGAUCGUACAAUGGGCAAUCCUUUACUCAACGAACAUUUUGGUGUAAAUUCAGAGAAAAUUUCUUUAUACAACCCAGACGAAACAUUGAGAGGUAAUACAAAUAAAACGAAAAAAAACUUUUCAAAAACAUUUAGCUCCCCGGCUCAAGUUAUUAAUUCAACUGAGCAACAUAAAGUAAGGCGUGGAAACAACGAAUCUUCGACGUCAAAAUUUUAAAAGAUAUAUUUAUAAACCGCAUAGUA